UUCGAUCCUCCACUCUCUCGAUCUAAAAAUCCCUUUCUUGGUGUUUGGUGUUUACCGUUUAGGGUUUAUCAAAAAAUUCUGCAUAAACCCUUCUCAGUUCUCUCAAUUUUGAAGCAAUUUCAAUUUAUAAAUCAAGAAGUCGGUACCCCAAGUUGAAUUAGUCUCAAAAAUCAGCUGUAAGUACUCAUUUUCAUACAUUUUGGUUGUAUAUUUGGGGCAUUUGGUGUUGUAGUUUUUCUUGUUAAUGUAGUCUAAUAGUUAAGGUUUUAUGAAUUAUCAAGUGGGGUUGAGGAAUCUUGAGGUGGGUUUUUGGUUUUGUUGAAGAAGGUGGUUGAGUUUUGGGUUCUGGGGUUCGCAUUUUAAAUCACAAAGUUGUGAUUUUUGUUUUAAUUUUGGGAAGAGCAAGGAGUUUACAAAGUGGGGUGGAGGAAUAUUGAUGUUUGUAUUUGAUUUUGUUGAAGAAUUUGGUUGAGUUUGGGUUCUGAGUUUCACACUUUGUGUUACAAAGUUGUGAUUUUAGUUAUGUUUUGGGAAAAGAGAGGAGUUUACCAAGUGGGGUGGAGGAAUAUUGAGGUUUGUAUUUGAUUUUGUUGAAGAUUUUGGCUGAGUUUUGGGUUCUGGGGUUCACAUUUUGUGUCACAAAGUUGUGAUUUUUUUUGUUUCUAGGAAAAGACACGAGUUUUACCAAGUAGGGCGGAGGAAUAUUGAGAUUUGUAUUUGAUUUAGUUGAAGAAUUUGGUUGAGUUUUGGGUUCUGGGGUUUGCAUUUUACAUCGCCCAAGUUGUGAUUUUGGGAAAAGACCUGAGUUUACGAAGUGGUUGGAGGAAUAUUGAGGUUUUUAUUUGAUUUUGUUGAAGAUUUUGGGUUCUGGGGUUGUCAUUUUACAUCACCAAGUUGUGAUUUUUUUUUUUCAUUUUGGGAAAAGCCAGAGUAGUUUAGUAAUUCAUGUCUACUUGUAUUUGGGGCAAUUGGGGUUGUUCUUUACUCCUUAAUGCAGCUUAAAUGCAUAGGGUGUUCAUGAAUUGCAAAUGAGUGUGGGGAUCUUGAACUGCAUAUUUGAGUUGUUGAGUUCUUUGUAAUGUUACCAAGUUGUGAACUUUUCCUUUUAAAGGCACAAGUUUGAGCUGAGUGGUGAGGUUUUUGAGUAAAAGAAGCUAUAAAUCUUUUAGGAACUUGAAUAUGAUCGUUGGAGGUAAUGCCGAGGAUAAAAGGGAGAAAGAGAGCACUGUUGAUAAUACUAGGGAAGAAAGAAUUGGUACAGACGAUUUUGGGCGAGCAGUAUCGAGGACUGCGGUGGCACAGAUAUGUGAAAGUAUUGGGUUUGAGAUCUUCAAUGAAUCUGCUCUUGAAUCGCUUGCAGACAUUGCAAUUAAGUAUAUACUUGACCUAGGGAAGACUGCUAAUAGUAAAGCUAAUAUAGCUGGAAGAACACAGUGCAAUGUGUUUGAUAUUAUUCAAGGAUUAGAGGAUAUGUGUGCCUCCACUGGUUUUCUGCGAGCAUCGGAAGUGAACCGCUGUGGGUUAAGUUCUGGUAUUGUUAGCGAGAUGGUUGAGUAUGUGGAAUCUGCUGAAGAGAUACCAUUUUCUCAACCUCUUCCACAUUUUCCUGUGGUAAAACAACCCAAUUUGAUACCCAGUUUUUUACAAAUUGGUGAAACACCACCAUUUAAGCACAUACCUCCAUGGUUGCCUGCAUUUCCUGAUCCGCAUACUUAUGUAAGGACGCCCACGUGGAAUGAGAGGGCAUCAGAUCCUCGAGCUGAUAAAAUUGAAUUAGCAAGACAGCGAAGGAAGGCAGAAAGAUCUUUAUUAAAUUUACAACAGCGAUUGGUGUGCAAUGGUUCAGCAGUGGCAUCAACUUCUAGGCAGCCAGAUGAUGUUGGUAUCACUUCAAGUGCUAGUAAAAGUGAAAACCCAUUUCUUGCAAAACCUUUUCAAGCUGGUGAGAAAGACGUGGACCCAGUGGCUCUUCCAACUAAACUUUCUAGUGAGGUAGAUGAUAAAAACCACGUUUCUUUGCUGGAAACGUUCUCCCCAGCAAUUCAGGCAAUGAAGGAUGGGCUUUCUGAAACAGUAGAUGGUACAGAGAAAACACUUCCGGACAAGAGGCCUGCUGUCUGUUUAGAGUUCAGACCUGGAAAGAAGGCCUUAGGCGAUUCUUUGGAUCUAAGGCUUUGGAAAAAGGGUUCAAGAAACGCUUCCUUGUUCCGGCGGGAUGAAGACAGAGAUGACAAGAAGAGGAGAGCUGAGUUAAUACUGAGACAAUCUAGGGAAAAUCAGCAGGAGUUAACCCAGUUGUAAAUUAGUUGGUUAGUUUGAUGGGGUAGUUCUGUACCCUUUUCAAAACAGCAGCAAUUGAUUAGGUUUAGAUAAAAGUCAGUCAUACUGUAAUUCUUCUGUGGAUGUCACAGAGUCUGUUUGGAUGUCGAGAUGUAGUAACGUAGAGCAUUUUUUUGAGGUUAGUCAUUGUUCAUUCUCCAAUGAAUCUAUUUCAGUGAGAAUCUUUUUUCCUUCUAUAUACUCACUCCUCUUGCUCACUCCCCUCCCAACCCCCGAGAAGAACACACACGCUCGCAGAAAAAAAGAUUACACAGAAGAAAAGGGGGAAACAGAGUAGGAACACAUGUUUUUGAAUAACAAUGGUGUUGGUCAUGUAUGUAUUUCAUUAUUCAGUUUUUAAUGCAGAAGUUUGGAAGUGGGGUUUUGAUGGA